AGAAUUAGGUCUAGAGGUUGUGAGAGGUGUAUAACUAUAAGAACGUUUCCACCGCGAAAACCUUGGUCGGCGCAUACUCCUUAUUCUUCUCCUGCUUCUGCACCUCACUGCUAUACCCCCUUUCAAGCAGGAGAAAAUCUCUCACUCCUUUCUCUUUCUCUCCACGCCGCCAUCACCACACAACCAUGCCUUCGCUCUCUCUCUCUGACCCUGACACCCCCAAACCUAUUGCCAAGAAGAAAACCAAAACCCAGUCCCUCACCGAUCCCGACCUCGAUGGGGUUUCGGGGAAGAAGACGAAGAAGCGCAAGGCUUCAGAUUUAGAACAAGAGGCCAUGCCCCCCGCCGCUUACAACAACGAUGGGGACGACGAGACCAGCUCCGACCUCGUCCAACCCGAACCUGCUUCCAGAGAAGACGACAACAAGAAUAAGAAGAAAAAGAAGAAAAAGGUUGUUAAGUCCGAAGAAAAGGAACAGCCUUUGGUCACGGAGGCUAAUGGAGAAAAGAAGGAGGAUCCCAACGCGCUUUCCAACUUCAGGAUUUCGGAACCCUUGAGGCAAAAAUUGAAGGAGAAGGGUAUCGAAUCACUGUUUCCCAUUCAGGCCAUGACCUUCGACACCGUUCUCGAUGGUUCUGAUUUGGUCGGUCGGGCUCGCACCGGUCAGGGUAAAACUCUGGCAUUUGUGUUGCCCAUAUUAGAGUCUUUAAUAAAUGGUCCAACAAAAGCUUCAAGAAAGACUGGCUUCGGGAGGACUCCAAGUGUUCUUGUGCUUCUACCUACUAGGGAAUUGGCUUGUCAGGUGCAUGCUGAUUUUGAUGUUUAUGGUGGGGCAAUGGGAUUGAGUUCAUGUUGUUUAUAUGGCGGAGCUCCGUAUCAAGGUCAGGAAAUUAAGCUUAGGAGAGGUGUUGAUAUUGUCAUUGGCACACCAGGUCGUGUGAAGGAUCAUAUCGAGAAAGGGAAUAUUGACCUGAGCCAACUAAAGUUUCGUGUCCUUGACGAAGCCGAUGAAAUGCUGAGGAUGGGUUUUGUUGAAGAUGUUGAAAUGAUUCUAGGCAAGGUAGAAAAUGUUAAUAAAGUUCAGACACUUCUUUUCAGUGCUACUUUGCCAGACUGGGUUAAGCAAAUUGCUGCAAGAUUUUUGAAGCCAGAUAAGAAAACUGCUGACCUUGUUGGAAAUACAAAAAUGAAGGCCAGCAUCAAUGUUAGGCAUAUUGUUCUUCCUUGUACUAGUUCUGCCAGGGCCCAACUUAUCCCAGAUAUUAUUCGCUGUUAUAGCAGUGGAGGCCGGACAAUUGUUUUUACCGAGACAAAAGAAUCUGCUUCUCAGCUUGCAGGGAUCUUGACUGGAGCAAAAGCUCUCCAUGGUGACAUACAGCAAUCAACACGUGAGGUUACACUGUCUGGCUUUAGGUCUGGGAAAUUCAUGACAUUAGUUGCCACAAAUGUGGCAGCUCGAGGUCUUGAUAUUAAUGAUGUUCAGUUAAUUAUACAGUGUGAACCCCCACGGGAUGUAGAAGCCUAUAUCCAUCGUUCUGGACGCACAGGAAGAGCAGGUAAUACUGGGGUUGCUGUUAUGCUUUAUGACCCAAAAAGAUCGAACAUAUCUAGAAUAGAGAGAGAGUCUGGUGUAAAAUUUGAACACGUAUCUGCUCCUCAGCCUGAUGAUAUUGCCAAAGCCGUUAGUGGGGAAGCUGCUGAAAUGAUUAUCCAAGUGUCUGAUAGUGUGGUUCCUGCAUUCAAGUCUGCUGCUGAAGAUCUUUUGAACAAUUCUGGUUUACCAGUCAUUGAAUUACUGGCAAAGGCUCUUGCAAAGGCUGUUGGUUAUACUGAAGUAAAGCAAAGAUCACUUCUAACUUCCAUGGAGAACUAUGUUACAUUACUUCUUGAGACUGGCAAACCAAUCUACACCCAAUCUUUUGCCUAUGGAGUCUUGAGGAGAUUUUUGCCUGAAGAGAAGGUUGAGGCCGUGAAAGGUCUUUCAAUCACUGCUGAUGGAAAUGGCGUUGUUUUUGAUGUAGCAGCUAAAGAUUUAGACAUAUAUCUUAACGGUCAGGAAAAUGCCUCGAAUGUAAGUUUAGAGAUAGUGAAAACAUUGCCACAGUUGCAACAGAUGGAGCAACACCAAAGAGGUGGCAGAUUUGGUGAUGGUGGUGGUCGUGGUUACCGGUUUGGUGGAAGAGGUGGAGGAGGCAGGAAUGGUAGGUUCUCCAAUGGUGGCGGAAGAGGUGGACGUGGCGGCAACUGGGGUGGAAAGAGAUGGUGAAGCUGAGAAAGGACUUAGGGAGUUGAGUUUCCACUCUGCUCAAUGUGGGAGGAGCAUUGCUGCGUGACACAACCACAUGGAGAGAUGACUACUACAGUUGUGAAUGAAGAAAACAGUUGAUGUUGGUUAGGCCUUCGGAGGAUUCAAGUUCAGAUGGAUUCAAUGUGCCCCCCCCCCCCCCCCCCCAUUAACAUACUCUUGUGUUUUUGUUUUGUUAUUGAUACACUUUUUUUUAGUAUUUUUUAAUUCUUUUGCGAGGAAGCGUAAGUUAGCUUUUUAUAUUCCGUCAUCCACAGGAGAAAUUUUGAUGUAUUAGUAUAUUUAUACUAUACUUUUACGAUAAGCGUGGUAAAUUCCAAUUAACCAGCGAACAUAAUAUUUCUAGCAUGGUUUAAA